AUGUCAAAUGCUCAAAUUUUUAAUUUAGACAGGCUUAGCAAACUCAAAUCCUACGUUUUAUUAGCACGAGAACUAUCAAUUGAAAACGUGGAGCUAAGAACCACAUCAUGGCUAGAAAUACAUGGCUAUCUAAAAAUGAAAAUGUUAUCACCAAAAACAACUUAUGGUGCCUAUCUAAUUUUCAAGGUGUCUGAACGUGCAUAUGGUUUGGAUAUUAUGCCUAUGGAAGUAUCAGUCGAAGUGGAUAAUGAUCUAGUGUACCACAAUACUAUGUACCUACGCCAAGAUUUUGGAAAGAAACAUCACAUCCAAUGUGAUCAUAAUAAGGUUGUGAAGAUGAGUCUAAUGGAGAUUAAAGGGCAUCAUUUGAAGGGGGGUCUUAUUGCUGAAGGAAUUGAAAUAAGACCUUUACAUUAG